CGGAAGGUGGGUUACAUUUGCUUUCCCGAAAAGUGCGAAGAGAAUUACAAAUGGAUUGGCAGCCAACGCUCAACUUUUCCAAGCAGCAGACAAAUCCGGUGGUCAAUUGAUCAGCGACGUUAAACAGUAAAGAUGGCCACAAUAACAGAAAUCGCGGCUCCGGCCCCCGAGACCUACAAGCUGGAGCUUCACUCGGCCUACGGCCCGGUCUACCGGGACGUGCUCCGCACCCCGGCCAGGGAUUGCACCUCGUCCGAAGUGCCCGUGAUCGACCUCACCAACAUCAACGGCACGGACGACCAGCGCCGAGCACUAGCCGAGACGGUCAGGGAGGCGGCCGAAAACACGGGAUUCUUCUACAUCAAGAACCACGGCAUCCCGGAGAGCACCAUCGGCGCCGCCUUUGCGCAGGCCCAUGCCUUUUUCACGCAGCCGGCGGAGCUCAAGGAGCUCGUCUCGCGCGACAGGUCAAAGUUCUUCAGCGGCUGGACCAAGAGGCACGGCAUCCAGAUCGCGCCCACGGACAAGCCCGACAACCGUGAGGGGUUCAGCUUCCGCUACGACCCGAGCCACGACCCCGAGACCAAGGACCCCGCCGCGGUGCCGGAGGACGUCGCAAGGUGGCUCAAGGUCGAGGACUUUAUGUGGCAGGGAACUGCUCAUCUGCCGAAUUUCAAGCGUGACCUGGUGACGUACUGGCAAGAGUGUGUUACGCUCUCGAGACGCAUGAUCAAGAUCUUUGCCAGGGCGCUGGACGUUGAUGAGAAUUACUUUGAUGAUGUGGUCACCUAUCCGGGAAGUGACAGCGUCUUCAACUACUACCCCAAGAACGAAGGCUCGGCAGACGCCGUCGACAUAGGACUGGGUGCCCACACGGAUCUGCAGUGCUUCACCUUUCUGUGGCAAGACGACGUCGGCGGGCUACAGGUCCUGACCAACGAGGGUCAAUGGGUCAAGGUCCCUCCCGUCGAGGGCACCUUUGUGGUCAACAUUGGCGACUUUCUGCAGCGCGUGUCCAACGACCGCUUCAAGUCGACGGUGCACCGAGUCUACAACCACGCCCCCAAGGACCGCAUCUCGAUGCCCUUCUUCUUUGGCUUCAACCACAAUGCCCAGUGUUCCGUGCUGCCGACCUGCACGAGCGAGACGAACCCGGCAAAGUACGAGCCUAUAAGCUGUGGAGAGUGGUGCCGCUUGAGAUUUGAAAAGACAUAUAGCCAUUCCCAAGAGAAGAAAUAAACAAGUUGGCUUGACAUAAAACCGUUUCAACACUGUAGAAAUGCUCCAAUGUCAUGCAUUAAAUGGCGUUGCCGCGUUGAUGGCAUGAAGUUUGCGUGGCAUGAUCACAAAGUAAACCACCAAGAAUAUCAGUACGAUGAUAAAACGAGCGAUUUACGAAAUAGCCUGGCCAAUCCUAGGGACCACGCAUGUCUGCAAAAAGUAGAAAUACUUGGGGGC